AUGGACACAAACCCAGAGCGCACCAACGCCACCAACACGGUCGCACAUCCAUUCAUCGUGACGGACCUUAGUCAACCAGACUUGACAGAAUUGCGAUAUGGCAAUCUACUUCCGAAAAGACGCGUCAAACGCGAAGUUGGAUUUGACGAAUGGAUGGACAAUUGGAAGAAAGAGUUCAUCAGACUAAACUUCAAUUUUCACAACCGCCGACAUGUAUUUGAUGUCGCCUAUGCGUUUAACCUGGCGGAGGUAUCGCGCCAUACGAUAAGUAAUGAAAAACCGGAUGUUAUUGCCGAUCUAUACCUAGGAAGCGAAGAGGUCGAGAUUGGCCUGCGUAUGGCCGUGGCAGAGACAGGAGCUUGGGUUCCGACAGGCGAUCUUCUAACAGACGACGCACCAGCGUUUUACGCGCCACGCCCAAUGUUUUCGAAAGACCGCGCCGCUGUCACCGAUUACCGUUACAUGGUUUUUCCCGUUCACAGUGGACGUCUUAACCACUGGACUCUUCUCGUUUACGACAAUUCGACACCUAACUUCCUCAGUUUCCUUGACCGCAACCGAAUCAAUGCCCAGGGCGUUACGUUCCAUCCGAAGGAAAUCCCUGAUCAAGUCGGUAGGGUUAGCUGCGGCUGGAUCUGUUUGGAGUCCGCUCGCGCAUAUCUCCAUGAGGGACUGGAUGAUUGGACGAAGUCCACAUUGUACCGCGACUUUAUCGGGGCCGAUCGGAGCAUCGCCCUAGAAAAGGCGGCGGUCACCAACUGGGCAAAUUGGGGUGCGGUCUGGUGGCGCGGUAGCAAGGAGACGUUCUACCCCGUACAGCCAGCACAGUCACAACUAGUUGUCAACCAAGCACAACAAGUCCAAGAGACGCCAGCAGAGCAAGCCAUUCAAGCCCACGCAUCAACCUCUGGGACCCAGACACUUCCACCCCAACUCCCACCUGCAACCUCAGCCGUAGAGGGAACUGAAUCUCCUGGUUCUCCCUCCACGCUUGUGCGCGUUGUCCGUGAUGAAUUGAAAGGAGAGAAAGUAUCCAGAGAACAAGCAUAUACUCUCUUCGAAUUCAUUAACUACUGUCAUCGCUUGAGUACUCAACUUCCUAAAUAUAUCAAUGUUCGAGAAUAUCACUCGAUCCUAUCAAGCAACGGGGGCGAUUUCAAGAAAGCAGGCGAUGAAGUACUACGACGCUUACCUGAGGAGUGAACUGUUUAUCAACGGAAAGGAUUCAGAUAUUUGGUGUAUCCAUUGAGGGCUCGUAUGGACGUUGAUAUUUUGGGCGUUUGAGGUUGAAAAAGUUUGGGCUUGUACUUGUUUUGAUUUCUUUUGAUAUUUCCUUUCCUUUUGUUGACUGGUAACUAGUUUUGACUAGUUUCGGUGAGUGGCCAACACUGCAACCAUUGGUGGUACUC